AUGGGAAAGCCGGGAGCGUUGGUUCCAGUGAUAGCUCUAGCUUUUGCAUUGGUUCUUGGCCUCGUGUCUGGCGGCAACUUUUACGACGAAUGCGACGCUACGUGGGAGCCCCAGAACUGCUGGACCUACGACGGCGGCAACAGCCUCUCCCUCGCCCUCGUCAGCAACUCAUCAGGCUCGAUGAUCCGGUCCAAGAGGCAGUUCAUAUACGGGACGGUGUCCACCAUGAUCCAACUCGUCAAGGGCGACUCCGCCGGCACCGUCACGACAUACUACACAUCGUCGGUGGGAGACGACCACGACGAGAUCGACUUCGAGUUCCUGGGGAACGAGACGGGCCAGCCAUACACGCUGCACACCAACGUCUACGCCGCCGGCGUCGGCGGCAAGGAGAUGCAGUUCCGCCCCUGGUUCGACCCCACCGACGGCUACCACAACUACACCAUCUCCUGGACGCCCUGCACGAUCGUCUGGUACGUCGACGGGACGCCCAUCCGGGCGUUCCGCAACUACGAGCGCACCCACGGCGUGGCCUUCCCGACGAGCCGCCCCAUGUACGCCUACUCCAGCAUCUGGGCGGCCGAGGACUGGGCCACGCAGGGCGGCCGCGUCAGGGCCGACUGGACCCGCGCGCCCUUCGUGGCCAGCUACCGCGGCAUCGACCUCGACGUCUGCGAGUGCUACGGCGGCGACUGCGUCUACACAUGCGCGGCGGCGUUCGGGGCCUGUGGCGGGCUCACCGGCGAACAGCGGGGGAAGAUGCGGUGGGUGCAGGACAAGUACAGAAUAUACGACUACUGCGCUGAUCACGAGGCCGGCAAGGUGCCCGGCGUCGAGUGCACCCUGCCGCAGUACUGA